AUGUGGCUAGGGAAAGGAGAUGUCACCAAGCACUUCCCCUGUACGGAGCGGGGUCUCAGUCGAUACACAAAGAAGGCGCCACUGCCGCACUGCGCUCUGCCUCACACAAAGGACCGCGCCACCACCCCCUCGCCCCGCCCGCCGGGACUUGUAGUUCCCGUUCCCCCCGCCAAGCCACAAAGGAGGAAGCGGCCAGACUACAGCUCCCAGCAGCCUCCGCGUCCGAGCCCCGCACCCUCUGCCUCCAUCUUGGCUGCGGUCGGCGCCUCCAUUUUCGCUCCCUCCCCCCACUUUAGUCACCACCACCACCACUACCACCACGCGCCCCGCUGGUCUCAACUCCUCGCUUCAGUCUGCGGCCUAACUUUGGCCUCUUGCUACCCCCAUUUGGACCCUGAGGUCGUACUCACCCCAACAGCUCAGCGCCCCCUCUCCAGCGCCGCCAUAAGCAGCACGGCCCGGUACGUAGGAAUAAAUCUCGCUUCUCUCGCGAGAGUUCCGGGCUCCGAGCGCGUGCACGGGAAGCGGGGCGGGAGUUUCAACAAAUGUAUUGAAGAUGAUUAUGACUUCCCAUUUGCAAUGACUACUCUCUCCAGAAAUGGGGAAAACAUCGAUUCGGAUCCUGCCUUACGAAAAGUUAACUUUUUGCCCAUGCUUGAGCAGAUUGGUAAUUCUGACAGUUGUCACUAUCAAGAAGGACUAAAAGACUCUGGUUUUGAGUUUGGAAAUGAAAAAGUAAGUUUGAAAUUAGAAGAAGGAAUUCAAGAAAAUAAAGAUUUAAUAAAAGAGAAUAAUGCUACAAGGCAUUUGUGUAACCUACUCAAAGAAACCUGUGGUAGAUCUGCAGAAAAGACAAAGAAAUAUGAAUAUGAACGGGAAGAAACCAGGCAAGUUUAUAUGGACCUAAAUAAUAACAUUGAGAUCGAGUGGGAAUUACAGAAUGAGAACUUAAAAGAAUCAAAUGAGAAACAGGAUCAUUUGGCUUCAGAACUAGAAGAUACUAAAGUGUCUUUGCAAAGAAGCAUGAGUACUCAGAAGGCUUUAGAGGAAGAUUUACAGAUAGCGACAAAAACAAUUUAUCAGCUCACUGGAGAAAAAGAAUCUCAAAUGGAAGAGUUUAAUAAAGCUAAAGCUGCUCAUUCAUUUGUGGUUACUGAACUUAAAACUACUAUCUGCAACUUGAAAGAAUUAUUGAGAACAGAACAGCAAAGAUUGGAGAAAGAUGAAGAUCAAUUGAAAAUACUUACCAUGGAGCUUCAAAAGAAGUCAAGUGAACUGGAAGAGAUGACUAAGUUUAAAAACAACAAAGAAGUAGAACUUGAAGAAUUGAAAAAAGUUGUGGCAGAAAACCAAAAGCAUUUAGAUGAAAAGAAACAAUUUGAGAAGAUUGCUGAAGAAUUAAAAGGAACAAAACAAGAACUAAUUGGUCUUCUCCAAACCAGAGAGAAAGAAGUACAUGAUUUGGAAAUAAAAUUAACUGCCACUGCAACAAGUGAACAGCAUUAUUCAAAACAGGUUAAAGAUCUGAAAACUGAGCUUGAAAAUGAGAAGCUUAAGAAUACUGAAUUAACUGCAAGCUGCAACAAGCUUUCACUUGAAAACAAAGAACUAGCACAAGAAACAAGUGAUAUGGUCCUAGAAAUCAAGAAACAGCAAGAAGAUAUUAAUAAUAGAAAACAGCAAGAAGAGAGGAUGUUGAAACAAAUAGAAAAUCUGGAAGAAGCAGAAACACAAUUAAGCGUUUAUUUGGUUGAGAAAGCAAAACUAAUAGCUGAUGAAGCAGUAAAAUUACAGAAAGAAAUCGAUAUACGAUGUCAACAUAAAAUAGCUGAAAUGGUAGCACUUAUGGAAAAACAUAAGCACCAAUAUGAUAAGAUUGUUGAAGAAAGAGACUCAGAAUUAGGACUUUAUAAGAGCAAAGAACAAGAACAGUUAUCAAUGAAAGCAUCUUUGGAAAUUGAACUAUCUAAUCUCAAAAAUGAACUUUUGUCUGUUAAGAAGCAACUUCAAAUAGAAAGAGAAGAAAAAAAAACACAGACAUCUUUGUUGGAAACACCUGAAACUAGUUAUCGGAAAUUUGAUUCUAAAGCAGCUUCUUCACAAAAUAUAUCUCGAAAUUUCACAUCAGUUGAUCAUGGCAAAUCCAAAGAUAGAAGAGACUACCUGUGGACAUCUGCCAAACGUACUUUAUCUACACCAAAGGUGAAGACACCAACAAAAAUGAAAAUACAUCAAAGAGAAAACAAGAAUAUACCCACUGAAGAGAAUAACAAAAAGAGAAAAAUGGUCUUUGAAUUCGAUAUUAAUUCAGAUAGCUCAGAACCUACUGAUCUUUUGAGCAUGGUUUCAGAGGAAGAGACAUUGAAAAAACUAUGCAAGAAUAAUAAUCCACCAACUUCUCAUCUUUGUGUCAGAACACCAAAAAAGACUCCUUCAUCUCUAACAGCCCCUGGAUCUUCAGUGAAGGUUGGAUCUAUGAGAACAAUACGGGAGGACCAUUGGUCUGUAAUUUCUAAAAUGGAUAGGAAAAAAAAAGUAAAGGAAGCAGAAAAGCUGUUUGUUUAGUUUCAGAAAAUCAGUGUGAUUAAGGAGGCUAAUAACGUCAAAUAUAAAGUUAAUUUUUUAUUCUUAUUUUCCAAAGAGCCAAACUUUAUGUGGAAAUUGACACUUUGAAAAAAUAUUAGCAAAAAUAAUUUGUUUCUUCAUAUUUUUGGCGUAAAUUUGAAAUAACUACAUAUUAUUUGAAAACUUGUCAUUAUAUUCAGAUAAUUAGAUGAUUAUAUUUUGUUGUUACCUUUUCUUGUAUUUGUGAAAACUGUUUUUACUAAGUUUUCAAAUUUGUAAAGUUAGCCUUUGGUUGCUAGGAAUGUAUUGUAGAGAUGUAUUCUUUAUUCUUUACUAUUAAAAUAUUUUGGAUG